AUGCAUUCGCGAAGCCCAAAGCACUGGCUGCUGGUUAUGCGCAAAUACUUCAAAAUGGGCGAAAUCAAGAGCUCCAACAAAAAGGCCAACUGCCGAUUGAAAGAAGCGAUCAAGCUGGAGGAAGCAGGCGGAGCGUCAGCCGCUGGAGGACUCGAAAUCAGAGAGGAAUCCGAACAAAGGAAGGACCACGAAGAGAAUUCCACUGACCAAAAACCACUCAGCAGAUUUUGCAACAAAAUACGACGACGUUCGCAUCGAAAGAAGAAAAGCGAGCGGCACGAUGGAAAGAUAAGGCGCCAAAAGGAAGGCCAAAAAACAAAAAGCAGGACCAACAAAGACAAGAAGAAAAAAGACAGCAAAAAUAUUGAGAGUGCAAACGCGAAAAAAUCACCUGAGAAGGGUGGGACAAAAAAGAGAGAAAGGGAAACAGACGAGGAAUCAAGAGGAUAUCGGGAAGAAAACAUCACAGUACUAAAAGAAAAAGUAUGUGAAGAACCAUGCACAAGAACGCGUCAGGAAGAGUGCGAAUGUACCGAACAAACAAGUAUCAAUUACAGCGUGUUAGUUUCGUCUGGGGCGGAAGGAGACGAGCAGACUUGUGAUAGUGAAGGGAACGAAGAAGGACAAAGUGACGCUGGGUCGGAGAGCAUCUGUGAGUGCAUCAGCCACGACGAACAAACGGAUGAGAAUGCGCGUGUGAAGAACGACGAGGCGCCUGUAGACAUCGCGCACUACGAACCGAUAUCUAUUGGGUGUGAGAAAAAGAAUGAAUGCGAAAACCAAACGAUUGACAGCUACAGUGCAUUGGAUGUGCCAGAGGUGGAAGGGGAUGUGGAACGGAAACUAAUCGAACUCGAGCCCGAGGUCCACGUGGAAUGUGGCGAAAUGCAAAUGAAAAAGUUUCUGGAGCACUUCGCUGAAUACAUCCCUUCCGAAUUGGUGGAAUGCAUCUGCAAGCGCAUCCAACAGGGCGCGCACACAGACACGAAUGCGAGUGUGAAGAACGACGAGACGCCUGCAGACAUCGCGCACUCCGAUCCACGACCUAGUGGCUGUGAGGAAGGGAAUGAGGGCCAGAACCAAACGAUUGACAGCUACAGUGCAUUGGAUGUGCCAGAGGUGGAGGUGGAGCAAAGCGAAAUCGAGCCCAAACCCUACCUAAAAUGUUAUGAAUUGAAGAUGUGUAAGUUUCUGGAGCACUUCGCCAAUUGCAUCCCUCCGGAAUUGAUGGAAUGCAUCUGCAAGCGCAUCCAACAGGGCGCGCACACAGACACGAAUGCGUGUGUGAAGGACGACGAGACGCCUGCAGACAUCGCGCACUACGAACCGCGACCUAGUGGCUGUGAGGAAAGGAAUGAGUGCCAGAACCAAACGAUUGACAGCUACAGUGCAUUGGAUUUGCUUGAAGUGAACGAAAAGGACGAGGAACAACUCAAACACGAACCUGAACACUACAUGGAUUGUGGCGAAAUCAAGAUGCGGAAGUUUCUGGAGCACUUCGCUGAAUACAUCCCUCCUGAAUUGUUGGAAUGCAUCUGCAAACGCAUCCAACACGGCACGCACACGGACACGAAUGCGUGUGUGAAGGAUGACGAGACGCCUGCAGACAUUGCGCACUACGAACCGCGACCUUCUGAAUGUGAGGGAAAGGGGUGCAAGGACCAAACAGUCGACAACAAUAGUUCAUUGGAUCGGCCUGAGGUGGAGAAAGAAAAGGGGCAGAAGAAAUUUGAAGAUGAACUUGAUCACUGUGGUGUUGUAGAAGAAAAGCAAGCGCGCGUGCCUGAACACCACGUGGAAUGUGGCGAAAUGCAGAUGCGAAGGUUUUUGGAGCUCUUCGCUGAAUACAUCCCUCGAGAAUUGGCGGAGUGCAUCUGCGAGCGCAUUCAGAAAAGUCAAAACGACAUGGGUCGCAAUUAA